GGGAGGUCAGUGGGGAGGAAAGCCGGCGAGAGGACGGAUCUGGGUGCUGUCUGAGAAAAGAGGGAGCGUCCGGGGGACGGCGCCCGGGGAGAGACCCUCACCACACGCAUCCACAAGACAAGAUCAGUCCUAGGCUCUCCCUUCGCUUCCCGGCCCAGAUUCCAGCUCGCGCUGCCCGCGCCCAGCUUGUUGAAGGGCGCCAGACUCUCACCGGGCUUCAGGAACUAGAUCUGACUUUCCCUGAGGCUGGAGAAGCUGGCUUGGCUCCAAGGUUUUGAAGGAGCCCCUCGUUCUUGAUCCCAACCUCCACAUCCACAGUUCGACUACUUCCAGAGUUCUCGGAAGCCUGCCCCGCCCCCCUGGGUUGUCAUCCUUGACUGCUACCGAGUGGAGCCCACAUGUGACAUUGAAUUGGGGAUGCUUUCAUAAUGAAUGUCAACCAGUCAGCUCCUUCUGCGCUGCCAUAUGGGCAGCCCCAGCCUGUCUACCCAGGAUAUCAAUCCAGCUAUGGUGGGCAACCAGGGUCCACAGUCCCUCCCACCCCCUAUGAAGCCUCCUACAAUGGUCCAUUGCCUGGCUAUCAGCAAGCUCCUCCCCCAGGUGUUUCAAGAGCCCCACCACCCUCAGGGGCACCUGCACCCUCAACGGCACAGGCCUCUGGUGGCCAGGCUACGUAUGGCCAAUUCGGCCAGGGAGAUGUGCAGAAUGGGCCGAGCUCUACUGUGCAGAUGCAGAGGCACCCUGGGUCUCAGCUAUUUGGAUCGGCCCCUGUGCUCAGUCAGCCAGCUGUGGUCCAGCCCUAUGGCCCUCCCCCGACAAGUUCACAGGUGUCUGCUCAGCUGGCAGGAAUGCGGAUCAGUGGUGCUACAGCCUCAGCUCCUUCCCAUUCAGGGCUGGGCUAUGGCUCACCGACAUCAGGAAGUUUCCCUAACUCGGGUCUGUAUGGCUCUUAUCCUCAGGGCCAGGUUCCUCCCCUUAGCCUGGCCCAGGGUCAUCCUGGGGCACAGCCUCCCCAGCGAUCUGCCCCACCUCAGGCUUCCAGCUUCACGCCUCCAGCUUCAGGGGGUCCUCGGAUGCCUUCGAUGACUGGGCCACUCCUGCCUGGACAGGGCUUUGGGGGACCCUCUAUGAGCCAGCCCAAUCAUGUGUCCUCACCUCCUCCUCAAGCUCUGCCUCCUGGCUCCCAGAUGACCGGGCCUCCAGGACCCCCACCAUCUAUGCAUUCCUCUCAGCCAGGAUAUCAGCUGCAACAAAAUGGUUCCUUUGGAUCAGUCCGGGGCCCUCAGCCCAAUUAUGGAAGUCCCUACCCUGGAGCACCCACCUUUGGCAGCCAGCCAGGGCCUCCCCAGUCACUGCCUCCUAAGCGCCUGGAUCCUGAUGCUAUCCCCAGCCCCCAACUCAAUGAGCUGCCUCCUCAGCAGAAAACCAGGCACAGAAUAGAUCCUGAUGCCAUUCCUAGUCCAAUUCAGGUCAUUGAGGAUGACAGGAACAAUCGUGGUUCAGAGCCAUUCGUUACUGGAGCACGGGGCCAGGUGCCACCCUUAGUCACCACCAACUUUCAGGUGAAAGACCAAGGGAAUGCAAGUCCCCGGUACAUCCGAUGCACAUCCUAUAAUAUUCCUUGCACAUCUGACAUGGCUAAGCAGGCUCAGGUGCCCCUGGCGGCCAUCAUCAAGCCUUUGGCAAGGCUGCCUCCAGAGGAGGCUUCACCGUAUGUUGUGGAUCAUGGAGAAUCUGGCCCUUUGCGAUGCAAUCGCUGCAAAGCAUACAUGUGCCCCUUCAUGCAGUUCAUUGAGGGAGGGAGGCGCUUCCAGUGCUGCUUUUGCAGUUGUAUCAAUGAUGUCCCUCCCCAGUAUUUUCAACAUCUGGAUCAUACCGGCAAACGUGUGGAUGCUUAUGACCGUCCUGAGCUCUCUCUGGGUUCAUAUGAAUUCCUGGCCACCGUAGAUUACUGCAAGAACAACAAAUUCCCCAGCCCUCCUGCCUUCAUCUUCAUGAUCGAUGUCUCCUACAAUGCCAUCAGGAGUGGUCUUGUUAGGCUCCUCUGUGAGGAGCUCAAGUCACUGUUAGACUUUCUACCUAGAGAGGGCAGUGCAGAAGAGUCUGCGAUCCGUGUGGGCUUUGUCACCUACAAUAAGGUGCUCCACUUCUACAAUGUGAAGAGCUCAUUGGCUCAGCCACAGAUGAUGGUUGUAUCUGAUGUGGCUGACAUGUUUGUGCCACUGCUAGAUGGCUUCCUGGUCAAUGUCAAUGAAUCCCGGACAGUCAUUACCAGUUUAUUGGACCAGAUUCCAGAAAUGUUUGCAGACACAAGGGAGACGGAGACAGUAUUUGCCCCAGUUAUCCAGGCUGGGAUGGAGGCUCUGAAGGCUGCGGAAUGUGCAGGGAAGCUCUUUCUGUUCCACACAUCCCUGCCCAUUGCGGAGGCACCGGGAAAACUGAAGAACAGGGAUGACAGGAAGUUAAUCAACACAGACAAGGAGAAGACGCUGUUCCAGCCUCAGACAAGUGCCUAUCAGACACUAGCCAAAGAGUGUGUGGCCCAAGGCUGCUGUGUAGACCUCUUCCUCUUCCCUAACCAGUAUGUGGAUGUGGCCACGCUCUCUGUGGUGCCUCAGCUCACUGGUGGCUCUGUCUACAAAUAUGCUUGCUUUCAGGUGGAGAACGAUCAGGAACGGUUCCUGAGUGACCUGUGUCGGGAUGUCCAGAAGGUUGUUGGCUUUGAUGCUGUGAUGCGGGUCCGAACAAGCACUGGUAUUCGUGCUGUAGAUUUCUUUGGGGCUUUCUACAUGAGCAACACAACAGAUGUGGAGCUAGCCGGACUGGAUGUGGACAAGACUGUGACUGUCGAGUUCAAGCACGAUGAUCGGCUGAAUGAGGAGAGCGGAGCCCUCCUUCAGUGUGCCCUGCUUUACACCAGCUGUGCAGGACAGCGUCGACUCCGUAUCCACAACCUGGCCUUGAACUGCUGUACUCAACUGGCUGACCUGUAUCGGAACUGUGAGACUGAUACGCUCAUCAACUACAUGGCCAAGUUUGCAUACCGGGGGGUCCUGAGCAGCCCUGUGAAGACUGUGCGUGACACGCUCAUCACCCAGUGUGCCCAGAUCCUGGCCUGUUACCGAAAGAACUGUGCCAGCCCUUCUUCUGCCGGGCAGUUGAUUCUUCCUGAGUGCAUGAAGCUACUCCCAGUUUACCUGAACUGUGUGUUGAAGAGUGAUGUCCUGCAGCCUGGAGCUGAAGUCACCACUGAUGACCGGGCCUACGUCCGACAGCUGGUUACCUCCAUGGAUGUAGCUGAGACCAAUGUCUUUUUCUACCCUCGGCUCCUACCGUUGACUAAAUCUCCCAUUGAGAAUACCACGGAGCCACCAGCAGUUCGCGCGUCGGAAGAGCGUCUAAGCAGUGGAGAUAUUUAUUUGCUGGAGAAUGGCCUCAACCUUUUCCUCUGGGUGGGAGCCAGCGUCCAGCAGGGUGUUGUCCAGAACCUCUUCAACGUAUCCUCCUUCAGUCAUAUCACCAGUGGCUUGAGUGUUCUGCCAGUUUUGGAUAAUCCGCUGUCUAAGAAAGUGCGAGGCCUCAUCGAUAACUUAAGGAUGCAGAGAUCGCGGUACAUGAAGCUUAUCGUGGUGAAACAGGAGGACAAACUGGAGAUGUUGUUCAAGCACUUCCUGGUGGAAGACAAGAGCCUGAGUGGGGGAGCAUCCUAUGUGGACUUUCUCUGUCAUAUGCACAAGGAGAUUCGGCAACUACUGAGCUAGAUCAAGCGGGUAAAUGGCAUAAGGUCCCGGGCCAGCUUCCAGAAAGUACCCCAGAUGGUAGAGAAAUUGGGACAGUUCCAUAUCUUAUAAGUCAUGUAAGCUGAAGCCACCUCAGACUCUUUCGGGGGAGAGGGAGGUAUGAGACACCUUUCUGGGCUCAAAUAUCCCACCACUCUUUGUCAUGUCCUGCUGCUGGAAGGUGUCCUUACCCCUCACCUCACCCCCUCCCUGCUAAUACUGUCGUAAUGAAUGUAGUUUCUCAGUUAACUGUAUAUGAUUUGGUGUUGGGUGUUUGGAAGUGCCCAGACCUUGGCAAUAUUAUGUGUCCCUUUGGCCCAGCCUCCAAGAGGAAAGGGGCAGGUGGGAGGUAGAGACCCAGGGUUACUGCAGGUCGGGGUGAAUUCAGCUAUGUGCCAUCAGCAACUUCCUAUAUUAGGGAUGAGAUAUACAGGUGCACAAGAGCUGGGAUAUAGACCAUAUGUGGUAGAGAGAAGACGUCGGUCCUUCCUGGGCCUGGAGAUCAGCUGCCAAGUCAGAGUUCCCGAGAGUACUUGAUGGGCUCUUUCUCUGUGCUUCCACUGCUCUUUCUCUCUUCUGCAAUGAUUGGUAAUCACUCCGUGGUAUUGUCAGACAUGAACGAGCCUGGGAACUCAUCUGGAAAGUACAUGAGACCUGGAAGAGGUACUAGCCUCCUCCUCAGUUGGAGAGGUCCCAACACUGGAUGGUUCUGUAGAGAGCCUGGUCAACAAUUUGCAAUACCUCACAGAGCCAGCCCACAUCCUCCUCUAAGCUCCACUGGAAACAUUCACUGCCUCUCCAAACUGAAGGGUUUGGGUUUGGGGAGAAAGAGGCAGAGCUUCUGGAGCACCGCACUAUCCUGCCUGGACACCACCCGGAUUUGUUAUUGACAGAGUGGCUUGACAAUUAUCUUCCAAGGCCAAUUGGCUGGGACAGGACAAGGGCUAGGCGGGAGAUGGCCAGACCUGUCAGCUCCCAGCCUGGGAUGUACCUGCUCUGGACCUCUCAUUUCUCUUCCUUGGUUUAUUUUUCAAUGCAUCUUUAAUUUGUAAAGAAAUAAAAUAAAUUAAGACAGAA